ACUUUGCACUACGGUAAAAGAUGGGCGCUGCAUGCACGAGCUGCCAGUGAAGCCUGUUUGGAUAACUCAGUGGUUUGCCGGAUCCCGUGUCGCAGUCGGUGUUCAGGAUGAUAACUCCGGCGUUUGACCUGAGCCAAGAUCCAGAGUUCCUGAUCCUCAGCAUCCGCGUGCCCUACACCAGAACCUCUGAGUUCGACCUUCACGUCGAUGGAGCCGAUUUCAAGUUCUUUGCCAAGCCCUACUUUCUCAGAUUGUCUCUUCCUGGAAGAAUAGUGGAGGAUGGGAGAGAAACGGCCAAGUUUGACAUUGAUGAAGGUCUCGUCACUCUUCGGGUCCCGAAGGAAACAGCUGGAGAGCACUUUGAGGGUCUCCAGAUGCUCACGAGUCUCCUCGCCCCAAAAGGCUCCCGUUCAGCGAGACCACUGAUUGAGGACUUGAGCACGGGAAGCGGUGAAGGCGCGAUGGGCGGUGACGACGAAGAAGAAGAUGAUGAGGAGGACUUUGACUGGCAGGUUGAGCAGGAGGUGUACAAGGAGAGCUCCGAGGAGGAGCUGGGAGCCCUGCAGAAAUAUGGCUUUGGCAAUCAGAGGUGUGGAGUGUUUGCAAGAUUACAGGAAGAGCUGAGCGACGUGACGGAUGUCAAGAACCCAGAGGGAACAACGGCAGCAGAGAGGAGGCAGGGACGUCUCGACGCAGAAGCGGCUGCUUUUUCUCCUGACCAUUACCUAGCUGACUUGUUUGAGGACGAUGAGAUCAAGGGGCUGCUGAAGUUUAGCCCAUGGUGGGAAAAGCUGAGUCCUUUGACAGAGCAGGAGGGGGAAGCUGAAGUAUCGUUCACCGACGACGAGAAGGAGCAGCUGAGAAAAUUUGCCAACCGCUCGUACCUGCUGGACAAGACGUCCCGGCAGCAAACGUGGCUCAGCCUGGUGGACGUCCUGCUGGCUUACUGCUACGAAGCCCGCUCUACGGAGGGAGAGCACAACGUUGAGUCCCCGUGGACUAUCAGUAAACUCAGCGGGACUCUCUGCUGGCUGGAGACGUACAGCUCCUUGCAAGACGUCCUGGCGUCAUUCGGACGGAGGGUUUUGUGCUACCCACUCUACAGACACUUUGCAAUGGCAUCCGCGGCUGUUCGGGACACAACGAAGAUUUUGCAGUCAGGGAAAGCCUGUGUCCUCAGAUGCCUGCUGGACAUUCACCGAGUGUUUCGAGAGAACGAGCCGGCCUACAUACUGAACGAUCUGUACAUCACAGACUACUGCGUCUGGAUCCAGAGGGUCAAGUCCAAGAAGAUGUCAGCCUUGGCCGUGACGUUACAAAAAGCCUCCCUGCGGAAAAAAGACUUGGAGCUGGAUCUCGAGGAGCUAGAGGAGGCAGCGACAAUGGUGGCUGGGGAGGAGGAGGAGGAGGAGGAGGAGGGAGAAGCUCCGACAUCCCACAGUGACGACAGCGAAGCUUCCAGCGGCAGCAGCGGUGACUCGUCCGACGAGAGCGAGAAAUCUGAGGCUGAAGGGCAAAGCUGCACCGCAUCCAACGAGGGAGGGGGAGGGGGGACAGGGACGUGUAAGGACAACCCUCUACAGCCCCGAACCAUCUCGGCUGCCUCUCCCAUCCCCCGGGAGCCCGCGAGCGCACUCCUCUCAGCGGAGAGCGCGGCGGACGCCCUCCCCUCCGCCUCGCGGGACUCCUGCCUACUGAUCCAGGAGCUGGGGGAACGGGUGGCGGAGGAGCUGACUAUCUCCCCGAACUCCGGCUGCGGCCAAGCGGAGAGCGCGCAUUCCCGGGCGGACGGUGCCGCGGCAACAUUUGGGGGGAGCGGCGGCGGGACUUUGCUGGAGCCGAGCCCUCGCAGGAACCCCCUGCUCAUCGUCCCGGACGCGAUGAGUCUGCCGAGAGACGGAUGUUGUGGAACCCUCCAUGAAUUUUGAACUUUUGACUCUUUUUGACUAUUUGGUUUAGAAUGACUUCUGAACGAUCUGUAGCGCUUCAAUCCUCCUCUCGCUUACUUUAUGAAUAUGCUAAGCCUCAUUAUAGUCCUUACUUCAUACUGACAUGGUUGUUUAAUGAGCGAGUGUGUGCUUUUGUCAUUUAAUAAGCCGACGAGAGGAUAGAAGAGAGGCAGCCUUCCUCUUCUGCCUCAUGUUAUCUUUCUCGCUACUGCCAGCCACACGCUCCGCAAAUGUAUUUUUUUCACUCUGAACAUUCUUGAGUUUGAUUUUCUAUUAAUUAUUUCGUCUCCCUUUUUGAACAUUUUUAUUAUUAAAAGUAAUU